AUGGCUUCGACGGACGACGUUUUAGCAGUUGUUGGAUUAAUAUUCGCCCUGAAAGAAAAAAAAGUGAAGCGGAAAAAGCGUAGCAUCUGGUGGAAAGAAUGGCUAAUGAAAGGAAGUGUUCAUUCUCAUGUCAUUUUGUUGGCGGAAUUAAAGAUGUUUCCAAAAGACUGGCACAAUUUUUUAAGAAUGGAUCAUGAUACGUACUUACAUCUACUGAAUAUGGUAACACCAAUUAUCAAGAAGCAAGACACUAUUAUUAGAAAUGCUACUCCACCCCAUGUCAGGCUUGUAGCUACUUUGAGGUUUUUAUCAACAGGAAGAAAUUACGAAGAUUUGAAAUUCUCUAGUAUUAUUUCAUCUCAAGCCUUGGGUCGCAUAAUACCGGAAACCUGUGAAGCAAUUUAUAAGGUUCUCCGCAAAGAAUAUUUUAAGCUCCCUGAACUUGAUGUUGAGGAAUGGGGCGGUGAUGGAAUGCUAAUCACUGGGGGUUCCAAAGAAUAUGUUCAUUCUUCGUUAAUAACUGUUUCUGUUGCGUUACACAAUGGCAAUGAAUUUGAAGAAAUAUGGUCUGAAUCACUACUAGUAAAUGUCGAUGUUUGA